UUUCGGCUGAUUGGAGGAACAGUCUAGUCAAAGUAUGGUUCCUUUCUCUGCUUCUUGGUGUUUGUUUACAGGCUGGUCUGCAUGGGUUUGGGUUUGUUUGGCUGUGAUGUUGGAAACAACAUGGCUCCCAGCGGUCAGUGGUUUUAUUGGUCAGAUCGUCUCUGGAUGAAAUGACCGACUCCUCUUCCUCUCCUCCAGCCUCCGACGCUCCAUCGUCUUCCUCCUCGCCCAGCCCCGGCUUUGUGGACCUGGCCUUCACCGUGGAGCCCCAGGACACGGUAACGGUGCGGGGCGGGGCGCUGCGGCUGGACUGCCAGGCCCAGGCGGGCUCGGCGGCGGCGGGCCCCGUCUCCAUCACGUGGCGUAAAGACGGCGUCCUGCUGAGCGCGGUGGUGGACGAGCGGCGCCGGCAGCUGGACAACGGCACGCUGACGGUGCAGAACGUGGUGCACUCCCGGCACCACCGGCCCGACGAAGGGGAGUACCAAUGCCUCGCCACGCUGGACGGACUGGGGAGCAUCGUCAGCCGGACGGCCAAGGUCACAGUGGCCGGUCCGUUGAGGGUGGUCGUCCCGACCGAGUCGGUCUCGUCCUUCCUGGGCGAUACCGCCCUGCUGCGCUGCGAGGUCUCCGGCGACCCGAGGCCCGUCAUCCGCUGGCAGAAGAACCGGGAGGACCUGCCGCUCAGCUUCCAGCCCGAGUCCCGGCUGGCGGUUCUGCCGUCCGGGUCGCUGCAGGUGAGCCGGGUCCAGCCGCCGGACUCGGCGACGUACCGCUGCCUGGCCGACAACCCGGGCAGCACCAGGACCGGGACGGACGCCGAACUCCGAGUUCUGCCAGAGCCUGGGCUCAGCAGGAACCUGCAGUUCCUCCAGCGUCCGUCCCGAGUAACGGCCCUCCUGGGAACAGACGCUGUGCUGGAAUGUUCCGCCUCCGGAUAUCCGACUCCCAGCAUCCAGUGGCGGAGAGGAGAGGAAGUCAUCCAGAGCUGGAACAAGAAGUUCUCGCUGCUCGCAGGCAGCAACCUGAUCAUCAGAACCGUCACCGACGACGACUCCGGCGCCUACAGCUGCACGGCCGCCAACAAGAACCAGAACAUCACGGCGCAGGCAGAACUCAGCGUCCAAGGUGAGGCGAGCAGAACCAAAAGAACCACGAAUGAAAAGUUCUCCAACCGGGUCAACCAGAACCAAACGGCACCAACAGAACCGGGAUGA